UAAUUAACCCGAACCGCCUUGACCACGUAGCUCAGUUGGCAGAGCAUUGGACUAUAGUAUCCCAAGGUCGUGGGUUCGAUUCCCACCGUGGCCAAGCAAACUUUUCAGCUUGCCUGGUGUGGAUGCACACUGAGAGUAACAUCACAAACAUCAUAUUCACGUGAGUACACAUAACACCAACAACAAAAAAGAGCUCAUUAACAUGCGGAAGGUGAAGUGUGAAAUACAAAAAAAUGGGGAUGAUCAGAUUAAAAAAGUGUAGCAAAACACAAAACGUUCCGAAAUAGCAGUAAAGCAUAAUAAAUGAAAGAUGAUUAAAUUCUUGGAAGAAGCCUGAGAUUUUCCCAUUAUAUUAGAUUCUUGCGGAAACGUUUGCGCAAAAAUGAAGCAAUCUUUUUAAUUUUUAAAAUAACAUAAGAGGUAUAACGUUUAAAUUAUGUAACACAUAAACAUUGUAUUCAUUAGUUUUUUAGAAUUAGGGAUGUUCAAACGUGUGACAAGAGUUAGAAAAAAGAAGAAAGGUGAAAAAGAUGAAGCAAAGAAAGGAACCAAGGAUAACAAAGAUUCACCAAAACCUGGCAAGACCAAAAAGGUUUGGUUAGAUAAUUAUUUAGUCUCUUAAAAAAAAUUCUUCAUUAUUCAAUAGCUCCAGAAAUAGAGAAUGUUCAUUUCUAAGUUGGCUUUAAUUAUGGAAAUUUAUUUGACGUUUCCAAAUGUAAUCUAGCUAGCUGGUUCAUUUUAGACUUUUCUCUUUAUAAACUUUUGAUGAGUUAGAAAAGACUGUAAAAAAAUUAUCUCUGAAAUGUGUCAUCUUUUGUAAACUUUAGGACUCAAACGAAGGUAAAAAUGUGGAAUCUGAUGGCAAGAAGAUAAAGGUAAGAGUGUAUGUUUUUUGCCUCGCGUGUUUUUUGAAGAAAAACGUUUAAAACCUAACCCAGUCAAAGGCGUUCUGUUGUGCCACUUUAUUUUACCAACGUGUAGCUGGUACAGUCGUCCACCUUUUUCAAUGGAUAUGGAAUGACAUAUGAGAAAAUAGCCAAAAACAUUUUGAAACUGACUGCAACUAUAUUAAUGAUGCAAAAGUGUUGAAGCCAUAUUAAUUAGAGACACGGUGUCUCUCAUUAUGUAAUAUAUAUAUAUGUAAUUAUACGGCUCAUUAUGUAAUAAUUAACAUCGAAUCUUCAAUUCAGAUAAAUUUUUUAAAGUAACUUGAAAAAGUUCUCCAAACAUGACAAAUAAUAUCAGAUUACAUUAUUCAUUUAAAAAACAAAACCAUUUACCUUUAAUACUAUAUACUCGUAUGCAUUAUUCACUAGCUUAGUUUUCAUUUUCACUUAAAUAACCAAAGUUGUUCUUACCAGGUGAAGGUAAAGCUGGAACUUCACGAGUUUCAGGAUUUUCUGGAUGGAGAGGAGGCAAGUACAAUUUUACCUACUACCUACAUGCAAGUAACAUUUUAAUGUGCAAUUUAUUAUAUUCAUAUAAUAUAAGAUCGAAAGCAUUAGAGACAUCUGUGUCUAUGGUGAAACUAUCUCAAAAAUAUUUAGAAAACUUUGAUAAUUCGAAAAAGUGUCCGUCGUAAGGAAAUGUCGGAGUUGUUCGAGGUAUAGUAGUUAAGCUUAAACAUGUUAAAGGUUGUCGCUUCCUCGUACAGGUUUACAUGUGGAUAUUUGAUCCAAUGCAUCCCAGGACAAUGAUCUAUGGAGUUUUAGUUGGUAAGUUGGAAUAAAAAUUCUACAUUGUUUGAAUUCAGAACUGAUACAAUACUAGUCUACCGCUUUACCUGUUGAGGUAACAAGUUAACAGAAUCUUCCUCUGUAAGUACACGAGAUUUGAACUCUCAGAUUCAAGAUUUUUUUAAAAUCAAUUUUGUGUGCACCUUUUAGUGAUCGGCGCCAUUGUCAUAUGCUUGUUUCCCCUGUGGCCACCACAAAUGAGAGAAUACACGUGGUACUUAAGUGUGGCGGCUGCUAUACUACUUGGAGCCUUACUUGUUGUAGCUUUGUGUAAGUUGACUUUAGAUUAUUUGGGAAAUUCAAUAUAGUGUACGCAUUAGAUGAGUUUGACUAUAUUGUCAGUGACAGGUGAAUAUCCAGAAAGUAAAUGAUAACAGAUGAAUGAAUAGUCUAUAUAGAUUUCCACCGAGGCAAGAUUUAGGCGGGAUAAAAAUAGUCAUGUGAACACAGAAAUUACUCGGGUGAGCUUCCCCACAAGCCAAUCUCAUAUGAACAGGUCUUAAAGGUUGUAGAUGAUGGUUGAAUCCACUAUUGAUGAUAUUUGAACAGACUGUUAAGAAUAAAUUAAUAGACAGUAUAGAUAAUACAUUAUAUACAGUUCAUAGUGAGGAAUAAACUGAUAUGAUAGAUCAUGGAUAAUAUAAAUAGUAGAGAAUAGAGAAUGAAUGAAAGGAGUGUGGACGGUAAAUAAUCGAGUGUACAUGGUAAAUGUAGGAUAUGGAUUAUAAAUGAUAGACGAUAGAUGAAUCGGUCAUAUUAAUUGUUUGAAUAUACAAGUGACGAUAGAUGAAUAGACUGUCGACUAUAAUAUAUAAAAAUCAGGGUGACAUAUAAGGUGACUCGCCAGUAUCCAAUAUUUUUUGCUUAGUCCGUUAUGUCUUGUUUGGUUUCGUAUGGGCGAUAACCGCUGGAAAACAUCACUUCUGGCUCUUACCAAAUCUGACCGAGGACUGUGGCUUCUUCGAGUCGUUUGUACCGCUGUAUUCACACAGUCCUGUCGGGACCAAGGAGAAUGAUAAUGAUGGUGAUAAUGGAACUUCAGAGGAUAAACAGGGAACUUCAGAGGAUAAACAGAAACAGGUUGAGGGGAAUGAGGACGAAAAAAGUAAGGACAAUGAGGGUGAAGAAGAUAAGGAUAAAGAAGGCAAGGAUAGUGAAGGGUAAGUAGUGUUAGGUGUGACGUAAAAAUUAUUUUUUGUCGGCCUUCGUUUUAAAGGACAUUGAGAAAAGAUUUAAGUUUAUCUGUGUACUAAUGAAGAACAAAUAAAGUUACCAACAAGGCAACAAGUCGUGUUCGCACAGCUUGUCAACAAGUUUGGAACAAGCUGUUAACAACUUGUAACAACCUUGUUGAUAUUAUCAGACUUGUUGCAAGGUUGUUCUAACAAGUCCUAUACAGUCAUGAUAUAACAAUCUUGCCUAACAUGGCAGUAUUCUAGUAUACAUACAUGAACUUGUGGUUAAAGCUCGACAACUAGCCUCUGUAGCUCAUUUGGUUAGAGCGCUGCACCGGAAUCGCAGGACCGCGGGUUCGAUUCCUGUCAGGGACCUAAAGUUGUAUUUUUCGCAGUUGUUCUGGUUAGGUCUAAUAAAUGUAUAUAAAUUUCCACUCGAUAAUUUCCAUCUCAAAUACCCUUCAACUUUUUCUUAUAUGUAUAAUGAAUUGAUUAAAAAUUUGAAGAACGUCAACUGUCCAACUUGAUAAAAUAGCAGUUAUAAGUUCUUUGUAUGUUUGCAUGGCGAUAAAACAUAUAAUAGUUUUGUUUGUGGAAACACGACGUAAAUUUAUUACUGCAAAGCUUUCGAUCCGUAAGCCCGGAUCUUCAUCAUAUGAAGAUCCGGGCUUACGGAUCGAAAGCUUUGCAGUAAUAAAUUUACGUGAUGUUUCCACAAACAAAACUAUUAUAAGAUAGCAGUUGUGUUGCAAUACGUACAUCCUUGGAAUUAAUGAGAUUUCAAAUUUUAUCUGGCUAAUUCGAAUCGACAUUUUGUAAAAUAGUUGAUAAACGUUUCGUUGCAGCACUUCGGAACGAAAGAAAGAGAGAAAAUCAUCAGCCAAGGAAAUCAACGAAUCAGAAUCUUGGAUCAAUGUCACGGACGAAGAUAUCGCGCAAGCUAAAGUGGCUACUGGGAACGAGUCAGAUAUUAAAACAAUGACGUCAUCGGUCGAUUGUUAAUAGACAUAGAUCAAAAUCUUUAUUAUAUAUGUAACGAAAUGCAUUAUUGUAAGGGUGAAGAAAUCAAAACUGUUUAUUUUACGUGUCGAUAUAUGACUGGGUUGGGAUGUCCUUUCAAUAAAAUAUACGUUAUUAUGUGUCA